AUGGAUCUACAUUUAACUCCCUCCGCGAGACGGGCCACCGCCACCGCGGGCUCCCGGCUCUGCCUCCGCCCCGCCCCGCCCUUGGUGGCGCCCGGAGGUCCGCACUGCCCUGCCGGCGCCCCGGGUCUGCCUCCGCCCCGCCCCUUCUUCUUCCCCACGCGCGCGUGCUGCCCGUGGCUCGCCGACCUCCACGCGGCCGGCCGCCACGCCCGCCUCUGCGCCGUGCUCGACGGCCGCCGCUCGGCUCGGGCCGCCGCGGCCGCGCCGCUGCUCGGCUCGCCGGUGCUCCUCCCACUCUGCUCGCCGUCCCGCUGCUCGGCUCGGGCCGCCGCGGCCGCGCCGCUGCUCGGCUCGGCGGUGCUCCUCCCGCUCUGCUCGCCGUCCCGCUGCUCGGCUCGGGCCGCCGCGGCCGCGCCGCUGCUCGGCUCGGCGGUGCUCCUCCCGCUUUGCUCGCCGUCCCGCUGCUCGGCUCGGGCCGCCGCUCCUCCCUCUGCCCCGAGCUCGCCGGUGCCACCCGCUCGGUGCUCGCCCCCGGCCCCGCCCCUGCUCCUCGCCCCGCGCGGCCUCGCCGGCUCGCCGCUCGCCCACUGCUCCUCGCCGGCUCGCCCCGCGCGGCCUCGCCCCCAGCGAGACGGACGCCCGACGCCGUCGAAGUGGGUCGGGGUGGUCCGCUCGAUUUGGGCGGACCACUCCGACCCGCAUCUACGCGGCAUAUACCUCUUUGGGGCUGAACCCAACCCGCAUGAACCUUAA